CUAAAUUUUAUGACAAUGAGCAAAAAACAAACAAUUUUCUCACCCAUCCAAAUUGGUCACGUUUCUCUUCAACAUCGUGUUGUUCUUGCUCCCUUGACACGCUUUAGAGCCACACUGGAUGCCAUCCCAACGGAUCUGAUGACGGAAUACUAUACUCAAAGAACCACAGAAGGUGGUCUCUUAAUCACCGAAGCCACCUUCAUAGACCGUCUCGCAGGUGGUUACAAACAAGCCCCAGGUAUCUACAAUAAAGACCAAAUUAAUGCCUGGAAAAAAAUCACCUCUGCCGUUCACAACAAGAAAGGUUCCAUCUUUCUACAACUCUGGCAUAUCGGUCGAGCCGGCUCCAUGUCUCUUAACCCAAAUAGAGAGCAAACCGUCUCUGCUUCUGCCAUUUCCAUUGAAGGCAAAAGUAUCGCCGGUCAAGACUAUGAAGUACCUCGUCCCCUCCUUAUUGAAGAAAUUCAUGUUAUCGUGGGUCAGUACCGUCAAGCUGCUUUAAACGCCAUCGGAGCAGGGUUUGAUGGUGUCGAAAUUCAUAGCGCCAAUGGUUACCUUCUAGAUCAAUUCAUCAAUAGCGGUAGCAACCAUCGCACAGAUAUCUAUGGUGGCUCAAUCCCCAAUCGUGCGCGUUUUUCUCUCCAGGUACUAGAUGCUGUUGUGGAGGCCCUGGGUCCUCAACGUGUGGCCAUGCGUUUUUCUCCUGGUGGUGAAUUUCAAGGUAUGCAAGAUGAUACCGUGGUAGACACAUGGAGUUACUUGACGACUGAAAUUCAAAAGAAGCAUCCUCACUUGGCCUAUCUCCAUUUCAUUGAGUCCCGCGCGAAUAUACAUAGUGAUACGGCUGUCUCCACCGUGGACACACUUACACCUUAUCGUCGUAUCUGGAAGGGUCCCUUUAUCACAGCCAGUGGGUUCUCCCAUACCCCUCAACAUGCGAUCGAUCUCUCCGAAAAGACGGGUGACUUGAUUGCCUUUGGUCGUGCAUUUAUUGCUAACCCUGAUCUUGUCAAACGUCUGCAACAUGGUUGGGAAUUGAACAAGUAUAACAGAAAAACUUUUUACGAUAACCAUGAUUUCGUGGGCUAUACUGAUUAUCCUUUCUAC